AUGUUGGAGACUCCGAGAAGCAAGGAGGCACUGGAGAAGCUCUGUGGAUUUCUUUCAAGUGAAGGGAAUGCCACAAAAGAGAGUAAUUCACUAGCGGACCUCUUCACCACUUCUACACAAGAGACUGUUCGAAGUGUGGAGGUGGAAGUGGCUUUUUUGGUGUCUCCGCCAGCUCAUCGCGUUCCUCUAUACUUUACCCUUCCAUAUGAAGUAUUACCAGGGACAAUAUGUGUAGUUACCCCAUCACCUCAGCGAAAAUACAAGGAUAAGGUGUUACAGUUAAGUGAAGAUGGAAAUCCAGUUGCCCAACGUGUUAAAAAGGUCAUUGAUACAAAAAAACUUAACAUGAAAUUUGUGGACCCUGUUGCGGUAAGGGCUCUCGCUAACAGUUUUGAUCACUUCAUUUUGUUUGGUGUCAAAAAGUACCCCCGCCAGUUAACUGGAGAGUUUCUUGGACACCAGAAGCCCCCUGUUUGGGUGCCUCAACGUGGAGGAUUCAAGUCAAAUUUGUUAAAGGCAGUGAAUACGGUGGUAUUUCAGCGUCGUGGUCAUAAUGCUGUUACGUGCCGCAUUGGUCAUACUGGUCUUUCACUGGAUCAACUCCACGAGAAUCUUCAGUCCUUUCUCGCGCAGAUGACUAGCCAUGCUCAAGGAACGAUUCCUGAGGAUAUCCUGCACAUUCGUGUGGCUGGAACAAACAAUAUGGGCAAACGUGCUGGGCUUCCGAUAUUUGUUCACACGUUCCAAAUUCCGCGUGAAGUGCCGGAAAAUGGAGGCGAAGAGCCAGUGACAAAGAAGCGAAGGAAGGAUGAAUAA